GAAUUGCUACUGUGUUGAAAAAAUGACAGACAAGGCGUUAUCCUUCUUUGAGAAAAUGGAUCAAUUGAAGUUCACAAAUAAAUCAUUGGCAUUCAACAAUCUUAUGUCGUUAUAUAUGAGACUAGGGGAACCAGAAAAAGUUGCCCCUUUGGUACAGGAAAUGAAGAGCAGAAAAGUUCCGCUAUGCACAUUUUCAUAUAAUAUCUGGAUGAAUAGCUUUUCUUGUUUAGAUGAUAUAGAAGGAGUGGAAAGGGUCUUCGAAGAGCUAAAACAGGAGAAUGCAAAGGAGUGCGAUUGGACUACAUAUAGUAACUUGGCUGUUGCCUAUGUUAAGGCUGGGCAUAAUGAAAAAGCUGAGUUAGCUCUAAAGAAGCUUGAGGAAGAGAUGGGACCUCGUAAUCGUCAGGCUUACCACUAUUUGAUUAGUUUGCACGCCAGAAUAUCUAAUCUAGGUGAGGUUUAUCGUAUUUGGGGUUCUCUAAAGAGUUCCUUGGAUCUAACCAAUUCUAGUUAUCUUGUCAUGCUCCAGUCCCUUAGUAAGCAUAACGACAUGGAUGGUUUAAAGAAAUACUACGAGGAAUGGGAAUCAAGCUGCUCUACUUAUGAUAUGAGGCUGGCAAAUAAUGUCAUUGGAGCUUAUCUGAGACAUGGCAUGUUAAACAAUGCGGAGAAAGUCUUUCAUAGUGCUUUGAAGAGGUCACAAGGACCUUUCUUC